GUAUUUAUUAGGAAUAAUCUGUAGGACAAGAACAAAAACUGUAUCCACAUAUGUUGUGUUGAUUGAAGUAAGAUAAUGGACAAAUUGAUUAUUUAAGAUAGUUGAAGAAUAUAUUUUUAUUCUGAAGAGAUGUCACAAAAGAAACCACAAUCAACAUAUCACUGUGAUAUCUGUGAAAAGUCUUUCACUCAGAAAUGUCAUCUAACCACUCACAUGCGCAUUCAUACAGGAGAGAAGCCAUUUUACUGUGAUAUUUGUGGUAGAUCAUUCCCUCAAAAUAGCUAUUUAGCUGUUCACAAACGUAUUCAUACAGGGGAGAAGCCAUUUCACUGUGAUAUCUGUGGUAAAUCUUUCACUCAGGCAGCCACCUUAACUGUACACAAGCGUAUUCAUACAGGGGAAAAGCCAUUUUGCUGUGAUAUUUGUGGUAAAUCAUUCUCUCAAGGAUCUACCUUCACUGUACACAAACGUAUUCAUACAGGGGAGAAGCCAUUUCACUGUGAUAUCUGUGGUAAAUCAUUCUCUCAGGGAAAUGCCUUAAGAGUACACAAAUGUAUUCAUACAGGGGAGAAGCCAUUUCACUGUGAUAUCUGUGGUAAAUCAUUCUCUCAGCUACAUGCCUUAACAGUACACAAGCGCAUUCAUACAGGGGAGAAGCCAUUUCAUUGUGAUGUUUGUGGUAAUUCAUUCUCUGAAAGUAGCUAUUUAACAAUACACAAACGUAUUCACACAGGAGAGAGGCCAUUUAACUGUGGUAUUUGUGGUAAAUCAUUCUCUUUUAAUUGUCUCUUCAUUAAGCAUCAUCGUAUUCAUACAGGAGAAAAACCAUUUCACUGUGAUAUCUGUGGGAAAUCAUUCUCCGUAAAUAGCGGCUUAACUACUCACAAACGUAUUCACACAGGAGAGAAGCCAUUUGAGUGUGGUAUUUGUGGUAAAUCAUUCUCUGCAUGCAGUAGCUUAACUACUCACAAGCGUAUUCAUACAGGAGAGAAUCCAUUUCACUGUGAUAUCUGUGGGAGAUCAUUCUCCAUAUUUAGCAACUUAACUACUCACAAACGUAUUCACACAGGAGAGAAGCCAUUUGAGUGUGAUAUCUGUGGUAAAUCAUUCUCUACAAGCAGUAAUUUAACUACUCACAAGCGUAUUCAUACAAGGGGAAAAGCCAUUUAACUGUGAUAUCUGUGGUAGGUCAUUCUCUCAAAACAGUAAUUUAACUAAAGAUUCUUUUCACAAACUAAACAAGUAAAUAAUAUGCCCACACCUAUGAACAUGAGUAAAAACAUAUCUAAUGAAACACCUCAACCAAAAUACAAAGUUCACCAGAGAAAAGAUAUUAAUAAUAGUAAAACUAAUUAGACAAAAAUUAAUCAGGACAGCAAACAUUGGAGAAAGGAGAAGUCCAAGAAGAAACAACUGAUAGGAUAUACAUGGAAAUUAUUAAUGUGUCAAAAAGAAAUAUAGACAGUGAGAAAUUGCAAUUAUUGAUGAAAGGAUUAAAAUUCACACCUACGCCUACAGUCAACCAUCAGGAAUUGGAGGAAGAUAUCUAAGACUUUGAUUGGAAACUACCUCUUUUACUUGUUUCAGUCUUUUGACUGUGGCCAUGCUGGAGCACCGCCUUUAGUCGAGCAAAUCGACCCCAGGACUUAUUCUUUGGAAGCCUAGUACUUAUUCUAUCGGUCUCUUUUGCCGAACCGCUAAGUUACGGGGGCAUAAACACACCAGCAUCGGUUGUCAAGCAAUGUUGGGGGGACAAACACAUACACACACACAUAUAUAUAUACAUAUAUACGACAGACUUCUUUCAGUUUCCGUCUACUAAAUCCACUCACAAGGCUUUGGUCGGUCCAAGGCUAUAGUAGAAGACACUUGCCCAAGAUGCCACGCAGUGGGACUGAACCCGGGACCAUGUGGCUGGUAAGCAAGCUACUUACCACACAGCCACUCCUACGCCUAUAAAGUAUUGGAUGCUUACAGCACCUAGGUUUCCCAAGCGGUCACCCAUCUAAGUACUCACUAGGCUCGACAUUGCUUAACUUCGGUGAUCGGACGAGAACCGGUGCUCUCAGCAUGAUAUGGCCGUGUAGUUUUUUACUAAUAAAAAUAAUGAGAAUGAUGAAUCCUUGGAGAAAAAUAAAUCAAAAUUUAACCCACCAAAAGGACAAAAUACACAUCAUUGAUAUCCUCCUCAGUUUUUUUCCACUGGGGCGAAACAUCAACGUCAGACCGAACAUUUCAAAACUAGAAAUGUCUAUCUUUAUACGUCUUGAAAAUGACAACACAUUUGUCAUCAAAGAAGUGAAUAAAGGGGAUGUCAUUGUCAUAAUGGAUACGGAAUAUUACUGGGAUCUAGCUGAAGAUCAUUUGAACGUUCUACCGUGAAAUGCCCUCAAGUAUUGACCACAGCAUCAAGAAGAAACUCAAUUAUUUAGUCUUAAAACAUUGUAACUUCCUCACUUCUAACGAAAGGGACUAUAUUACCAAUUUUGAGUCGAGAUCCAGCAACUUGUAUGGCUUACCUAAAAUACACAAGUCAAAAGAAAUACGAAAUGCUAUAAAGGAACAAGGUUGUGAAUACAUAAAACUACUAUGACCAAAAGACCUUAAACUAUUAUAGCUGGUCCAGCCUGUCUUCUACAUAGUCUGAGCAACCUCAUUGACAAUAUCCUAAAACCAGUGUAGUUUACAUUCCUAGUUUCAUAUCGAUUUCCUGACACAUCUGCCCAAAACAACAGAAUCCAAUCCACUGUUAGUUUUGACGUAACAAACUUAUAUAUGAACAUUCCACAUGAUUUGUGAAUUACUGUCAUAAAACAUUGGGUCAAGAAACAUAGAGAAGUGAUCCCCUGUAGAUUUAUUGUAACCUUCAUCUUAGACGCAGUCAGCCUCAGCAUCGAAAACAAUAUAUUCCUUUUCAACGGAAAAAAACUACCUCCAAAUUCAAGGCAUAGCUAUGGGGACGUGAUAUGCUCCAGUUUUCAUGAACUCAGUACUGGGAUACUUGGAACAAAACCUAUAUAAAAAAAAUUGAAGAGAACUAUGGCAUGAUCUUUAGAAGACAUGUAAAGGACACAUAGAAAAGAUACCUUGAUGAUUGUUUCCUAAAUUGGACCAAAUGGAAAAACUUAGGUUUUGUGAAUUUUCCCAAGUCCUCUACCCACCCCCUUGGAAAAGAUUUUCCCCACAAAUUUCUUUAUAAUUGUAUUUUAUGCCAUUUGAAAGGUAUUUCUAUAACAUUUCAAUGAAAACACCCCAUUUUCCUAAAAGUUAUAAGGGAAAAACUCAGAUCUUGUGAAUUUUCCAAAGUCCUCUCCCCACCCUCCCG